CCAAGCCACACUGGGCACAGGGGCUCUGCUGCCACCAGCCACUGUGCGGACACCACCAACCGGAGCCAUGGCAUCGCAGCUGGAAGGAGCCAUGGAGACCCUCAUCAACGUCUUCCACCACUACUCGGGCAAAGAGGGGGACAAGUACAAGCUGAGCAAGAAGGAGCUGAAGGAGCUGCUGCAGAGCGAGCUGGGCUGCUUCCUGGAGACCCAGAAGGACGCAGGUGCCGUGGAGAAGAUCAUGCAGGACCUGGACGAGAACGGCGACGGGGAGGUGGACUUCCAGGAGUACGUGGUCAUGGUGGCUGCCCUCACCGUGGCCUGCAACACCUUCUUCUGGGAAAAUGCCUGACCCAGGCUGGUCCCCACCCCCAGCAGCCAGCUAUGGCGCCCCCAAAACGCAGAGCCCCCCUGCCACCCCCUCAGCUCACCCUCUGCUCCCCAGCACACCCAGGGGGUCCCACUGGGAUCCAGCUCCACA